CUGGAGUGAGGUCCUGAUACAGGCAAGGAUGAUUGAGUUUUAUGCCUCUUGCUGCCCCACUAAAAUUUCCAGAUCGCGGGGCAAUCGCGACGGGGGGCUGCCAGCCCCAGCUACACAGCAUCAACAUCGCACAUCUUCGCAGGGUUUCUGGACAAUAAAGCCUACCCAUCAUUGACUACAGAUUGCAGCUGCUUGCUAGCGCUUCCCGAAAUCAGAUUUCCUAAUACGACCAGAACUCUACACAAUGGCCUCUAACGACGACGACGACCCGGUCGUGGCCAGCUAUUGCGUUUUCAUCAAGCCGCCUCUCCCCGAACACCGCAACCUCGUCGUCUUGCAAUAUGUGACCCGGACCGCCCAAGACGCAAGCCAAGUCCGCAUCCCCCGUAUCACCGAGCUGCGCGUCAAGCCCAGCACAGGCAUGUACGAAGUUGACGUGCCCAUGGACACGGGCGAAGCCUAUGACAAGAACAAGGGCAUGGCAUGGGGCACAGCUCUGCAAAAGUCCAUGGAGGCCAAAAAGGGCGGCAGCCUAGGUCUAGCAGGUGGCUUCAACAUCGUUGCGACACCCAGUACAGGACGGGGCGGCCGUCGUGCCGGCAAUGACGACGAAGCGCCCCCCAACUGGGCCGAGGCCUUGCGUCAGGACAAAGUCUUGCGCACUCAGACCUUUGGCGGCAGCCGCAGCGCCGAGGAGAAACACACCCGCCAUAUGAUCGGCGUCUUCCAAGGGAAGAACCUUCACCUAACCCCCGUCUCCUCCGCCGUGCACCUCCGCCCCGUCCCGCACCACCUAGACGCAGCAACAGAACAAGACCGACUCUCGCGCGGUUCCGCAGCGGGCGGCGUCAGCGGCGAAAAAUCCGGCGCGGCCGCGGCCGCAUCCGCCGCCCGCGCGAUCCACAUGUCGAUCAAAUCCGCCAUGGACGCCGAGGGCGGCGUCGAGACAGAAACCAUGGCCGACCGGCUGCGCAACGUGCAGACCGAGACGUGGAAGCGCAUGGAGUGGGUGCACGACGAGGCCGAGAUGGCGUGGGAGGCCUACAACGAGUGCUUGCUCCUGCGGCCGGAGAGCAACAACAAUGCCGCCGCCACCACCACCACCACCACCAAUACGGAACAAACGGAGGAGGACAAGGGUAAGGGGAAGGCGGUUGAAGGGAGCGGUGCAGCAGCAGCAACAGUACCUGCAGCGGCGGACGAGAGCGGCGCGGCGGAUUUGGUGGAGAAGGUCGCCCAGCUCAAGACGGAUUGGGGGGAGCAGGAGCUGUUGCGGGCUAUUAACGGGGUGGCGGCGGAGGUCGAGGGUCAAGAAAAGGGGAAGGGCAAGGGUAAGCCAACGGUGGUCAAGACUGAAGAGCAGCAGCAGCAGCCGGCACAGGCGGGUGGGGCGGGGAGGAAUGCCGGUGCUGGCUCUGCUGGUGCGGCUGCGGGCGCGGCUGGGACUAGGAGAACUACAAGGGGGAGGGCAACAAACAAGACAGCUGCAAUGGAGAUAGACUAGAGACCCGGAUGUACUAUAUUGGAUGUGUGGACGGGGAGCGUUGUGCACUGUCAAUAAUUGCGUUGCUAGGUGUUUGGUUAAUUAUUUCUCGCCUUCAUAGGACUCGGGUUUGGUGCCGUG